CCAUUGCUAAUGUGUCAAACUUAAAGAAAAAAUACCCUCUAUUCUAUAAACUGUAGAAUUUGCCGACGAUUAUUUUAUUAAAGAACUUAAAUAAAAUUGAAUUAAAAUGGCCUAUCCCGCUCUUCGCCAGCCCAAAUUCUUGAAAGAGCAGUCGACAAGUGAAAGGAAACAAGUAAUAUCGGAUGUUAAGUAUGUGAUUUUAACUUUGUGCAAUGGAAUUAAGUUGGUGAUUACUUCAGAUAGCUAUAACAGUAUCAUUAUUGAAGAGGAUACUUACAAAUGCGUGCUCUGCGGGAUGUCUAUGGAGUUGGACAACGAAUAUAAGGAGUUACACAAGAAUUCGCACGAGCAUAAAAACUUGAUGACUUCUGUACCAUAUGUUGAAGAAUUUCCAGAAAGUUUAAUGAGGAAGAUUGACAAACACAACGGCUACUGCACAAUAUGCAAUGUAAUUGUUCCAUCGCAUGCUAUCGCUCAUCAUGUUGACAACAAUGUACACGUCAACGAGUUUGAAAAAGCCGUGAUCAGAGCGUCUAUUUAUAAACCAUAUUAAUAUUUGUUUUAAACAUCUUUUUAUUUAUUUCUUGUUACAAAUCAUCGUCAUAAAUAAUUUAAGAGCCAUUCUCUUGUCUGUACAUGCUACUUUUUAGGGGAUUUUUCAUAUUCAAAAAGGUCUUCUAUAUUUAAAACUAUAACAUACAGAUAGAAUUGCCAGCUUCAGCCUAAAGAAAAUAGUUACAAAUAAGAGAUGAAAAAUAAAAUGGUAGUUACCUAUUUUGGAUGAAGUGUUAUAAGGUCUGUUUUUAUGUAAUUGUUAAUAAACAUUUUGGUGUGAAUUUUAA